AUGGCGUCCUCCUUUGCGGUGUGCAGAUGGACGCAAAUCUUUGUGCGCCGUCCAGGCGGAGAGACAAGGACAGGCAGAGAGAUCUGUUCUCAUCAGCUACCACUCCAACGAGAAAAUGCUCCUCAAGGCACGCAUGUUGUAGUGGAAUUUGCCAACCGGGAAAGUGUUGCAUCAUUACUAGAAGAGGCGGCCAUCCCCAGCAUCAGCCAUGAAGCCGUGGUGCCUUUUAAAUCGAGAUUGCUGUCACUGAAGAAAUUAGGUUCAUUGGACUCACCAAACCAGCAGUCAGGCCAACAGUGCAAGCCUCAAACCUCUAUUCCCAUCAACGAGCUCAUAAAGAGGCUGUCCAGAGAGGAAAGUAUAGACCAACAGGUAACCUCCCUGACUGAAACCUAUCAACUAACAGAGGAGAACAGCCGACUGCGUUUCCUCGUCUGCUCUCUGCUCCAGGACAUUGCUGCUGCUUAUUUCCCAGAAUGCACCAUCAAGCCAUUUGGCUCAUCAGUGAACGGCUUUGGAAAGCUGGGCUGUGACCUGGACAUGAUUCUGGACCUGGAUGGCAUCAGUGGGAGAAAAGCAAAAACGCCAAAAGGAGGUCUGUCCCUGGAGUACAAUCUGAAGAGGGCCAACUCAGAGCGGGCCGUCACCCAGAGCAUCCUGUCUGUCAUCGGGGAGUGUUUGGACCAGUUUGGGCCUGGGUGUGUUGGAGUGCAGAAGAUUCUCAAUGCACGAUGCCCGCUGCUCCGUUUUGCCCACCAGCCCUCUGGCUUUCAGUGUGACCUCACAGCCAACAACAGGGUGGCGAUUAAGAGCACAGAGCUGCUCUACCUGUAUGGAGAGCUGGACCCUCGGGUGCGUUUCCUGGUGUUCACCGUGCGCUGUUGGGCCAGAGCUCACGGCAUCACCAGCAGCAUCCCCGGGGCCUGGAUCACCAACUUCUCCCUCACCGUCAUGGUGCUCUUCUUCCUGCAGAAGAGGAGCCCUGCCAUUAUCCCCACGCUGGACCACCUUAAGAACCUUGCAGGUCCCGCAGACAAGAGCGUGAUUGAGGGGAACGACUGCACGUUUGUCAGCGACUUCAGCAAGAUCCAGCUCCAGAGCAACACAGAAACACUAGAGCAACUGCUGCGUGAAUUUUUUGAGUUCUACGCCUCCUUUGCAUUCAACAAGAUGUCCAUAAAUAUCAGAAAGGGCAAAGAGCAGAACAAGCCAGAGGUAACCCCGCUGCACAUCCAGAACCCCUUUGAAACCUCUCUGAACAUCAGCAAGAACGUCAACGCCACACAGCUGGACCGCUUCGUGGCUUUGUGUCAGGAGAGCUCCUGGCUGCUCCAGCAGAGUGAAACCAACACACCCAGCCUUCAUUCUAAAGGCGGCUCUCCCACACCUUGGGGACUCGCUACCCUCCUCCUACCCUCCCAGGUUGGAGGGAUCAAAAGUCGCAAGAAAAGGAGACUGGAGCCGGCCAGCGUGAGGAUCAAGAGCUUGCUGGAAUCCUUGAAGAAAAGCUAAGACUCUUUGGAAAUCAGCUCCAUCCUCUUACUAUUACUUUAACUCAUUCAUUGGUGAACACCUUCGGGUGGUCUUGACUGAUGCCUCACUGAGGAGGUGAGGGGCAGCCUCUGCACUGGCCUAUAGUUCCAAACAUGGACACCGGGGGGUGUCACUGAGGCCCGCAUGUGCAUAUGUUUGGAACCUAGAAUGAGGGUGUGAUUACUGCAUUCUUACUGUGGACUCACCUACUCUGUUGUAAUUAAAGCCAACACUGGAAACUGAUGCAAGUGAUGCUCAUUUAGGAGCUGGACUGUAGAUUCACAGCUUCAUGGAAUUCAAAAUCUGUUCUAUCUGGAUAUUAUAAUGAACGCUGAUAACCAACAUCAUGUGUUCACACCUCAAACAAAAUCAUUCUGAAUAUUUUUUCUAUUACUGUUAUACAUAUGGAAUAACACAUGAUUUUUUUGCAAACACUGCUUUUGUUAUAAUUUCACCUCAAAACUGCCAAAAAGGCUGUAAAAGGGAUUCAUCAAAAAUAUGUCAGUUAAAUAGUUAAAAGGAGUGUAGAGAGAAAUAUUGUAAAGAGAAAGUGUUUAAUUGAUUUCCUUAACUCCAGUAGCUUGAUAGAAGAAAUGAAAACCUUAUUUAUUUCCUCUGUCUGUCUCUGACUGGCUCGUUUUAUUUUCGAGCUCCUGAUGUGUAACAUCACACUGGAGCAAUUAGAGCAAAGUUAACUUACCUGAAAACACCGCAAGCUGGGCACACUGAGCACCAGCCUUUUCACCUAUAGCUGCUGUAGCCAGCUGAAACUAACGUUCAUCAUAAAUCUACACUGGAGCCAGUGAAGCUUAUCAUUCUGAACUGUUGCUGUAUAAAUGCUUACACAGUGGCUAAAGCAUUUUAGGUGCAAGCUAACAGUGACAAGCCUCUACGCUAAUCAGCCACUUGCAGAUUCUGUUCCAUACUUCUGUCUCCAUCACAUCAUCUUCCAUUAUCUUUGUGGCACCUGAGCAGGUUUCAGUCAGCCAAUAACAAAGACUUGUAGUCUACUAAUGCUGUCAGUUUCUGUGCUGCAUAAACAAAUAUGAAUAACUUCUGUGGGUACUCCUCGUAUGAUAAAAUUGUUCUCAUUUAAGUCCAUGUCUCUUCAUCACUCCUAACUUUACAAGAAUUAUCUAAAGCUAUAGCGAAUUUUGUCAUUCUUAGCUUGUGUCCAUUAUGAAUGAUUAACAUAGCCUGCACUAGUUGGUAUAGUUAGGGUUCAAGGCCUAAAGGGGGAAACCCUGUUGUGUUUGUGCUGGUUUCUCAUCAUCAUUAUUAUUAUUAUUAUGUCUUCUUUUUUUCUGCCUCAAUGGCUCAAACUGCUGGAACGAGUUAGGAACAGGAAACUUGGCCCCAUACCUGGAAAUGAUGAACAAGUGCUUUACACAAAAUAUCAGCUCAGUCAGCCAGACGGUGGCGCUGUAAUUGAGGCCCAAAAAUUCAAGUUUGGAAAGGCCACGCCCCUCACACCAUAAGUCUGAUUGACUUAAAAUUUGAUCCACAAGUCCAGCUCAGCGUGCUCAAAAAAACUCUCUUGGACCAUUUCCACUUCUUCAAGAAUCUACAGCACCAGAGAACUGAGAUACCCAUUUCUAUCGUUAAUGAGCAAGAUCGGAAAACAUGAGCACCACCAACCAAAAAAGUUUGCGAGGGACAGAGUUUAGCAUGAAAACGGCCGUAACUUGUUAAUGAUUUGUCCAGUCAUCACAAAUCUUGGUGCAUGUCUUCAGGCCGUGAUUGGAAAUGGGCUUACUCAAGCAUUUUCAGCCUGAUUCUAUUCAAGGAGUGCAGGUUUGUGCACUUCAACACUGGCUUCAUUUUUCAGAGUUGGAUGUUGACACUUUGGAUAACCAAAAGCUCAAGUGCCAUAUUGAUUGGAGAAAGUGGGCGUGGCUGAUCAGUUAUAUGCUCUGAAGUCAAGAUGCAUUUGAGCCAUCCUGAUCAGUCUCACUGGAGAUAUCGUGCUUCCUUAGAGUUUCAUUCAGAUGUGCUGAAGGGGGGACAAAUGGCAAAACUUUGAGUGUGACUGGUCUCACUCCUUUAACAGAACUAAAGUAGCUGAAGUGAGAGCUCACCUCUAUAAAGCCCGAAACCUGUUCGCUGCUGCUUGCAACUUUCACUUUGGCCCCCUGAGCUGCUUCCUUCUGUUGAGCGCAAACGGGCUUGAACCCCGAAGCACCACUUGCAGCUGUAUUUUUAGGAUUAAAUUAGCUUAGCUCGGUACAGUAGCUAAUUGAAAAGGCUGAUUCUCAGUGUGUUCAGCUGUGUUUUCAGGUAAGAUAGCUAGCCACAGUCAUUCAUGGCUCUAGCAGUCUGAUGCAUGCCUGAGCAGGAGGAAAUCUGAAGUGUCUUCUGGAGAAACUAACUUAUGUAGCUAAAUGAUCAAACUUGCCGGAGACAUUAAAAGCCAAACAAAAUUUAAUGAGCUAUGAGAGAUAAAUUGAGUAAAAUAAUGUCAUAAUUUUCUCAAUUUCAAGGAAAAGUAUAAUGCUUUAUAUUUCUUUCUACAUUGCAUUUUAACUAUUUA